AUGAAGCCGCCAUCGAUUUUAGGUGGCAAGAUUGGCACCACACUAUACCUCAUUGCGGCGAAACUGGAGUUGGUGCAAGCAUUCCAGCUCCCCGUUAAAGCCCAGGAUCUUUCCUGUCGCGCUCUGCAGGAUUGCCUGCGAAUAUGCAAGUGGCCGAUAAACAAUGAACGGUCUGGUAAUCGCCUGUCGUACUUUAGUUCUGCCGCUAUCUACAAAGAACUCCAGGUUCUGUCAGCGCAGUCCAAGUUGCGCAUCGGUAUCAAAAAAUUCCUGAGCGCUGAACUUACCCAAACAAAAUUCUAUGCUGAUCGCUUCGAAGAACUUCUCGUUCUGAUAGAUCCGGAAAAUCGAAAGCUCGGUCGUGCAGAUGAAGCCAGCCCGUACAGGAAGCAUUCCAAACCACAAAAUGGAUAUGUAUACCCGGACAACAUACGCGAAAAUUUGAUCGCGGUACUGAAGUCGCAUGCCAUGUGUCUGCGCUCAGUACAUAAGCCAAUGAGCACGAGUCCUCGCCAUCCUACCAGAUUGUGUCUCAGUACUGAGGGACGAAAUGUAAACCAGGUAGUUACGUUUGACCUUGUUAUGGCGUCUAUGGACUUCGAAUUCUGGCGGGACUUCUCGCUGAGUGUUUCAUUAAAAAAUGACGAGAGAUCCGAAACACCAUCUGACAGCACGCCUACAGCCGGACAAGAAGAGGACCCUGACUGCCAAGUUGAUAUUGUGAAACCAGGCGAUGUGUGCCAACUUCUUGAGCGUGUGCGCAACUCACGCACAAGCCCCAAGGUCUUCUUCAAAUUGGACCAAAACUUCUGCCUUCACCGGGAAAAGCGGGCAGAAAUGAUGCCCUAUCGUAAGCCGCACGGCGAAGGGAAAUCCCUCGCAGACCUAUUGAACUCGGAUCAGUACAGCCUUACUCCCAAAGUAAAGAUCAUGCUCUCCUUUGCCGUCGCGCGAAGCUUCUGGGAAUUCUACGGGAGCGAGUUAACAACAACACAGUGGUGUAGUGACAACAUCUGGUUCAUGCCACGGGAGAAGGCAAAUCGGAAGCACACCGAUGCACUAGAGCUCAAAGCCUUUGUAGGGUUUCCUUCGGGGGAGAACUUUCCAGGGCCAAACGAGUUCCUCGAUGUGGAUGAAGUGACGCAUACUUAUCCGCGGAUUCUAUGCCUGGGGAUCAUCCUGCUUGAGAUUGGACUUGGCAAGAACUUAGGACUGUUGCCAUUCACCGCUAGUAACAACCUCGAGGAUGUGCGCAACAGUGUGAACGAUGCGCAUAGCGAUGCGGGCUGCCAACGUGAAGAGCUCAAAAACGAAAUCUGGGACACAUGCAGAAACAAAUUCGCUUUCGACGAUGCAAUUUCAAACUGUAUGAACCCCAACAAGUUCAUCGAAAGCUCCAAAACCCGGGAAAAGCGAAGCCGACUGAGCCCAGAUCGUUACAAAAACCUCUCGCCGCAUCUGAAAGCCAUUGAGGAUGGAAAGCGGGAAAAGUACCAUGCGUUAGCCUUGAAGGAUCGCCGAGAAGCUAUCUACAAGCAUGUUGUGUCGCCUCUUUAUUGGCUGGCCACGGUCGGUUACGAUAACGGGAACAAUGACGUGUUCAUAGAGCCCAGUAAGCAGCAGCAUGGCAAGGAUCACCGCCCAACCUUCGCUCCAGAAGAAGCGGACCGAGCCGAGCUCAAGAGGCUCUCAAAACAACUGCAAAAUCCAACCUUCAACAGUGGUGCGCACGUCAAAGAAGAUGCUGAAAGGUGGUUCGAAGACAUCCGGGCCAUCUCGAGCCUGGUGUUUCGUCGUAGGAGAAUGGGAACCAAAUUACCCCCACUACGUAUCGCCAUCCUCGAUACAGGCUGCGACACGAGUUUGAAUUGUUUUAGGGCAGCACAGUGCUUCAAAGGAUGGCGCGACUUUGCUGUAGAGCCGCCGUCCCAAACUGAGGUGGAUGAAUUUGGACAUGGGACUCUCAUGGCGCGCCUUGUGAUGCAAAUUGUACCAGGCUGCGAGCUCUACAUUGCACGCAUUGCUAAGACGACGCAUCAAUUGGAAGGCAAUGAAAAGCUUAUUGCUGAAGCUAUAAACCACGCUGGCAAUGAUUGGGAAGUCGACGUCAUUUCCAUGUCUUUCGGCUUUCCGAAGUUCAGCCAACUCAUCAGUGAUGCUAUCGCUAACGUGAGAAAGAUCCGGAAAGGCGCCAUUGUCUUCCUCGCCAGCGCAGGAAACGACGUGAACCGUGCUGAAGCCUAUCCGGCUUGCGAUCCCUCAGUCAUAUCUAUAUACGCUACAGAAAGCAACGGUGCCUUUCUCAACACCAACCCUCUUUCUUCAAGAGAGUCGCUUCGCGUUCUGGGUACAUACGGUGAUAAUGUACCAGAAGCUGUCCUGGCAGAGCUGCGUGUGCGAUUUCCGAAAGGGGAUUUCAAUGCUGGUACUUCGAUUGCGACAGCAGUGGCAGCGGGUAUUGCAGGUCUUGUGCUAGCUUAUGCCGCGAUACUGCCACAUGUUUUGCGUGGCAUUGGUGUCGAGAGCUUGUACAGCGAACUGAAAACCACCGAUGGUAUGAGGCAUAUGCUGUUUGCCAUGGCGAAAUCGUGGAACGAUCGACAGUACUUUGUCAACGCAAUUUCAUUUUGGUCUUACAAUUUGGAAAACUCAGAUAUGUUUCGCGCAAUAUGUAGGGCAUUGCCGCAGAACGAGGUGAUGAGGUAA